AUGAGUGGGGUGCCGGAAUAUUAUGAUAUUCCCACUGCACCCAUUGCCAGCAUCUCACUUGUUGGUCUUCGCAAGGGUGACAAGGUCACUGCUCAAAGCCUGCUAAAAGCAUGCCAGACUCUGGGCUUCUUCCUACUCGACCUGCGCGGGGAUGAUUUGGGUGAUAGUUUAGUUAGGGAGAUCGACCAGCUCAUGGGAGGCGUUGGAAAAGAUGUCAUGGGCUUACCAGAGGAUGUCAAGAGGCAAUAUCAUGUUGAUGUUCCCCGGAGCUUUGAAGGCUUCAAACUGCGCGGUGUAGGGAAAACUGAGACGAACGAGCCAGAUCGUUUCGAAUGGUUCAACAUAGGUCAGGAUGGCCUCACAGGAGUCGGUCCCGUUCCACCGCUUCCUCCACUAGUGCAGACGCAUCUCCCCUUAUUCACCUCUUACCUCAAGCAUAAUCAAGAGAUUGCUUCAACGAUUCAAACCACUUUGGCAACCGAGCUGGGGUUACCUGCAGAUACUUUUACAUCCCUGAAUCGGCCUACGGAACCUACGCUUUCUCUUGUUCGCCUAUUGAAAUUCGAAGCCAGUUCAGAGGCAAAGGACUUACGGACUGCCUUGCGCCACCACACAGACAUUGGCACAAUCACCCUUCUAGCCAACGUGCUUGGUGGUCUUCAGGUCCUCAAGCCCGGUCAAUCUGCGACAGACCCCAAUGCAUGGCUUUGGGUUCGUCCACGACCACGCCACCUGAUCGUCAACCUGGGAGACGCCAUGGUGCAAUGGACUGGCGGAUUGCUUCGGAGUAAUACGCAUCGCGUGACCUAUUCGCCAGGCGAUCAACGAUUCGUCGACAGGUACAGCAUGGCCUAUUUCUUGAGGCCUGAACGCAAUGCCAGGAUGAAAAGGCUCAUUGGUCAGGGAGACGAUGAUAAUAGCGAUGCUGCAAAUAUGACGGCCUGGGAGUGGGAGUUCAAGAAGACCAUGGCAUUCAUGACAGACGAAACUGACAAUGUCCUUGUAAAUCGACGUGUGAUACAGGACCUAGAGAAAGAUGUUAUGUCUUGA